UUAGUGAAGCUGGCCGGUUUAAACCUCGGAAACAUGGAGAAUAUUCGUCGCGAAUGAGAUCGAUCGCCGAAUAUCCUCCUUGAUUGUUUCAAUCCAAUAUUUUAUCCAUCCAAGCCAUUGUCAAACCUCUAUUCCUCUCUGUAUAUAUACGUACAUCUGGAACAGACGUGUGAUUUAUACCAAGUCAUCCAUAUUCCCAAAUUUCGACUUGUUUUCUAGGGUAAGAGGUGGAAUCAUCGAACAAGAUGCAAUUCCGUAAGCUUCUGAAUAAAUUGAUCGACGAGAUGAUGCCGGAUUGGAGAGAUAAGUUUCUGUCUUAUAAAGAUCUGAAGAAGCAAUUGAAGCGGGUUUACUCCAGAGACGGUCGCUGUAACAAGAGGAUGAAAUUGAGCACCGGUGACGACAUUGAGCCGGCGGUGGACGAGAAGGCGGUUGCUGAUUUCGUGAAAUUGUGCCAGGAGCAAACCGACAAGCUUAACGAUUUCGUCCUUGAAAAACAAGAGUGGUAUAUCAUCAAACUGGAGGUGCUAGAAGGUAACUUGAUCGCAGCCAAGGAUUCAAGUGAAGAGUUGAGGAAAGUUGCUAGAGACCUCGCAGAUUUACAUGGGGAGAUAGUUCUCUUGUUAAAUUACAGUGCACUCAAUUACACAGGAUUAGUUAAGAUACUGAAGAAACAUGACAAACUAAGCGGAGCUCUUCUUCGUGUGCCUUUCAUCCAAAAAGUUAUGAAUGAGCCAUUUUACAAAACUGAUGUUCUAAACAAUCUUGUUAAGAAGUGUGAGAUGAUGCUGGACCAAUUUUUAUCCACGAAGCAACAAAGUUCAUCCCCAUCUGAAUCAGGAAACAGGAAAGAAGGAAGGAGUUCUGAACCAAAUGAGGAGUCGUCUUCUGUUAGGGUUCCUGAAGAACUGGUUGAUAUUGAGAACAGGGAGAACACAUACAUGAAACAAACUCUUUCAGCACUUAGAGUUUUGUCAGAAAUUCGAAAUGGAAGCUCGACUGUAAACUCGUUUUCACUACCCCCGAUGCAACAGAACAAGGAGAGGGAGGAGGUAUGGAAGAAAACUUAUGUUGUUGAAGAAGUUGCUAAGUGAAUCAACAACACCCAUAACUUUGUAACAAACAGCCUUUGAUUUUUGAACAAAGGAGGAAUAAGAUGAACAGUUGGUUUUUUCUUGGGACGAUAACCUGUAAUUGAUAAUUAGGAAUCGAUAAUGUAAUAUAUUUUCUUUUAUAAUCACAAAAUUUGUGACAUCUAAUUAAGUUUAUUUA